AGUCAGCCGGAAGCUGUGAUCAGCUGAUGGAGGAGGAGCUGAUGAAGAGGUGAGCCAUCUUCCCCCGGCAGACUGACACUUAGCCCGGACGGAGAGACGGAGAAAUACUGAGAGGAACCCGGAGAGGUUCGGAGUCAGAGACGGUGAUCAGACGGGUGUCAGCCGGGUGUCAGACUGAUGGAGAUAAAUGAAGGAGUGUUCACAGUUUGUGUUUCUGACUGAAGAAUAAACGAGCUCUGACCGACAGACAGCUUCACUCUGAUACAAAGAAAACACAGAGCCUGCAGCGGAUUAAUCUCAUCCGAUGGACCAAGCUAAUCUGAUGUAAAUAACCUGGAAAUGUCCAUUAUGAAUGAGUAUGUAGUCCUGGCAUGGAAUCAGAAGCACACUAUCACUCCUUAAUGUAAACAAACUAGUGCUACUCUGGCUAGCUGGAGUUAGCCCGUUAGCUCGGUGCUGCUAGCUCGUUUGCUAACGUUAAUGUAGUUUAAAAAGGCGAAAAAUAAACCGUGUUAAACCAGACUGUUUCCAUUUACAAUCAAAUUUAACCUCAGAUUAAAGAUUUGUAUCGGAUGACAGUUGUUUUAGCUGUUUUCAUUCGUAUUUAUUAGCAUAAUUAGCCUUCCAGCUAACGUCAUUUAGCUGUAUUUUGUGUUAGCUUUCAAACACUCAAAUAUUAAAGCAGCUCACUUCAGAUUUAAUAAAGGAGAGAUUUAACAGAGCUGUGCUUGUUUUGGGGCAUUGACAAGUUUGCAAGAUGUUGUUAUAACAGGUGGAACUCUCUAAGGAUUAGCAUUGAAGUGCUAACAGGUCAGUUAGAUGAUUAGUCAGAGGAUGCCAACAAGUUAGAGAUUUAAUCAGAGAGCUGUGUUACUCACACAUUUCUUAUUCUAAGUUUAAACCUUUGCUUUCAUAUGAAUCACAUGCAGUGAAUUCACUCUGGCAUUAGCUGCUGUGUGCUUUCUUCAUCUGUUAAAACUGCUCUGACAUAAAACCAGCCACAGGUCAGCCUGCAGGAUGGACUGGACCUCCUGAUCGAAGACACUGAUCAGUUUCUAAUUUAGUUUAUUGAUAAUAAACCAGCUGUCAGCCACGGGACUGGUUCCACAAAGACUGCGUUUAGUUUUAUUCAUUUUACAUAUAUUGUAUGAAGUAGUUAUUCUAUAUCAGUGUGAUUAGAGUACUAUGUAGCUGUGUGUGAGAGGCCCAGCAGUAAGCCUCUCAGCUGUGUUUUGGUCUCCUGUGGUCGCCCCUCCCCCCCUCUGAUCUCGGACUGCCCAACUCUCCUUCCCCGGACUUUCGUGUCCCGGAGUUUUUUGACUCUUUUCCUCGGUUUGUUGGAAUCUGUUUCUGAACUCUCGGACUCAAGUGUCCCGGGUUCAGACAGGCCGGUCCCGGGGCUGUGUGGCCGGUAAACAGUGGAUGUGAUGGAACUGAUGUUCGCCGAGUGGGAGGACGGGGAGAGGUUCUCCUUCGAAGACUCGGACCGGUUCGAGGAAGAUUCCCUUUGCUCCUUUAUCUCUGAGGCCGAGAGUCUGUGUCAGAACUGGAGGGGAUGGAGGAAACAGUCUGCAGGACCAAACUCCCCCACCGUGAAGAUUAAAGAUGGUCAAGUCAUCCCUCUGGUGGAGCUUUCAGCGAAGCAGGUGGCAUUUCACAUCCCAUUUGAGGUGGUGGAGAAGGUGUACCCCCCGGUGCCUGAACAGUUGCAGCUCCGUAUCGCCUACUGGAGCUUCCCUGAGAAUGAGGAGGACAUCAGGUUGUAUUCCUGCCUUGCUAAUGGAAGUCCAGAUGAGUUCCAGCGUGGAGAGCAGCUGUACAGAAUCAGAGCUGUCAAAGACCCGCUGCAGAUCGGUUUCCACCUUAGCGCGACGGUGGUUUCAAGUCAGGCCGGUCAGUCUAAAGGAGCGUACAACGUGGCGGUCAUGUUUGAUCGCUGCCGCAUCACUUCCUGCAGCUGCACCUGUGGGGCGGGGGCCAAGUGGUGCGCCCAUGUGGUGGCACUGUGUCUCUUCAGGAUCCACAAUGCGUCAGCGGUUUGUCUGAGGGCUCCAGUCUCUGAGUCUCUGUCUCGGCUGCAGAGGGAUCAGCUGCAGAAAUUUGCUCAGUACUUGAUCAGUGAGCUUCCUCAGCAGAUUCUGCCCACAGCUCAGCGUCUGCUGGACGAGCUGCUGUCCUCUCAGUCGACUGCCAUCAACACUGUGUGUGGAGCUCCAGACCCCACAGCCGGACCCUCGGCGUCAGAUCAGAGCACCUGGUACCUGGAUGAGUCCACCCUUAGUGACAACAUCAAAAAGACUCUUCACAAGUUCUGUGGGCCCUCACCUGUCGUCUUCAGUGACGUGAACUCAAUGUACCUGUCGUCCACGGAGCCACCGGCUGCAGCUGAGUGGGCAUGUCUUCUUCGACCUCUGAGGGGGAGAGAGCCAGAAGGAAUCUGGAACCUUCUCUCCAUCGUUAGAGAGAUGUUCAAGAGACGAGACAGCAACGCCGCCCCGCUGCUCGAGAUCCUCACUGAGCAGUGUCUCACCUAUGAACAGAUCAUCAGCUGGUGGUACAGUGUUCGGACGUCAGCGUCUCACAGCAGUGCCAGCGGACAUACUGGACGCAGCAACGGCCAAUCAGAGGUGGCGGCUCAUGCCUGUGCCAGCAUGUGUGAUGAGAUGGUGGUUCUCUGGAGGCUGGCAGUGCUGGACCCCACUAUGAGCCCCUGCAGGCGUCUGGAGCUGGCAGGGCAGCUGAAGCAGUGGCACCUGAAGGUCAUAGAAAUCGUGAAGCGGGGCCAGCACAGGAAGUCUCUGGAUAAACUGUUCCAGGGAUUCAAGCCUGCGGUUGAGUCCUGCUACUUUAACUGGGAAGUGGCCUAUCCUCUGGAGGGCAUCACAUACUGCGGCGCAGACAAGAAGAGCGCCAACUUCUGCUGGUCUAGAGCAGUGCAGCUGCAGAGAGGAGCCAGGGCUGCUGCAGGAGGGGGCGGGGAUAGCUCUGAGGGAGGGGGCAGAGGAGAGGGAGGAGCUGAUUUCAAAGGAAGAGGAGGCAGUCACUCGUCCCAACAAGAGGUGGCCGUACGACCAAAAGAGACCAUCCUGACCAAGAGGAAGGGUCUGACAGUGAGUGGCGGGGGUGGCAUGUUGGUCCGGCUGGGAGGGGCUGUGUCUCUGUCCCUGGAGGACGGAGGAGGGAAGUGCAUGUACAAAGGGCCCAGUACAUCCUCUGGGGGAAAGCUGAAGCUGACUCAGGGAAGUAAAGGGGGGUCCGUCGGGGGUACAAGUGGAGGGGGGUUAAGUGGAGGAAAACAUGGGAAUGCUAAGAGGAGGACCAGCAGCGAGGACAGCUCUCUAGAGCCGGACCUCGCUGAGCUCAGCCUUGAUGAUGGCUGCAGUCUGGCUCUUGGGGCUGAGGCCAGUAACACCUUUGAGUUCCUACCCCCGCCUCCCGAAAUGCUGCCCUCGCCUAGCCCACUACUCCGAGACUCUCGCAAGUACAGUGGAGGAAACAAGAUGUUUGAUUCAAAGCGUGUGAGCCACGCAUCUACUGCACCUGCUGCUGCAGAGCCUGCGUCCCCCUGCGUCCCCCCAAAAGAAACUGUGCUGGUGGUUCUGGACUCUGCAGAGAAGGAGGUGCUACAGGUGGAAAUGCAGACGGAGACAGUCCCCAACCAAGAAGAGGAUGUAGACUCAGCCGGCAGCAACCAGCCAUCCAUCUCUGCCUCCACAAACACAGUAAGAACUGCUGAAACGCCUGCCAAGCCCGUGCAGGGCAACAGGGAGGCAGUGACUGCAGGAGGGGCUGCUGCUGGAGGACCUGCAGGGGUCGGGGCAGCAGCAGCUGCAGCAGGAGCAGAAGUUCCAGCUGGAGGAGCUGUGGGUGAAGAUGACUAUCAGGCGUACUAUCUGAGCGCUGCCUCGGAGGAAGGAGCAGAUAGACAGCUGGCUGAAAAUCACCAAGAGGAAGAGCCAGACAUCUUCGCAGGGAUAAAACCACUGGAGCAGGAGGGACGAAUGGAGGUGCUGUUUGCGUGUGCAGAGGCCCUCCACGCUCAUGGUUAUAGUAACGAGGCUUGUCGGCUUGCUGUGGAUCUGGCCAGAGAUCUGUUGGCAAACCCCCCUGACCUGAAGGUGGAGCAGCCGCAGACCAAGGGGAAGAAGAGCAAAGUGUCGACCAGCCGGCAGACUCAGGUGGCCACCAACACACUAUCUAAAGCUGCCUUCUUGCUCACCGUCCUCAGCGAAAGGCUGGAGCUCCACAACCUUGCCUUCAGCACCGGCAUGUUCUCCCUGGAGCUACAGAGACCGCCUGCAUCCACCAAGGCCCUGGAGGUGAAGCUGGCCUACCAGGAGUCAGAGGUGGUGUCCCUGCUGAAGAAGAUCCCCCUGGGUCUGGUGGAGAUGUCGGCCAUCAGAGAGCGAGGCGAGCAGCUCAGGGACGGAAACUUCUGUGACUACAGACCGGUGCUGCCGCUCAUGUUAGCCAGCUUCAUCUUUGACGUGCUGUGCACCCCAGUUUGUGCAGUUGUGUCUCCAACGGGCUCCCGUCCACCGAGCCGUAACCGCAACAAUGAGAUGCCGGGUGAUGAGGAGCUGGGCUUCGAGGCUGCUGUUGCUGCUCUCGGCAUGAAGACCACGGUAAGCGAGGCAGAGCAUCCUCUUCUGUGUGAGGGGACUCGACGGGUGAAAGGAGACCUGGCUCUGGCUCUAAUGAUCACCUACAAGGACGACCAGAGCAAACUGAAGAAGAUCCUGGACAAGCUGCUGGACAGAGAGAGUCAGACUCACAAACCUCAGACUCUGAGCUCCUUUUACUCCAGUAAACCUGCAGCAGGAAGUCAGCGCAGCCCAUCCAAACACACCACUACUAGCAGCCACGGUGGGGUGGGCGGGGCCACCGGAGGGGUCUCCAAACAUGCCCCCACCUCUUCAUCUGCAGCCACUGUAGCUGCCUCUUCCUCCUCCUCCUCUGCUGCUGCUGUGGCUCUGACUGGAGAGGAGGUGGCCCAUCAGGAGCUGAACACAGUGCAGACCAGUUCAACAGGAGAGGGAACGGCAGAGACAAAAGAGACGGUAUCAGAUGGAGCUCCAUCCACCGAGCAGCAGAGUGAAACAGCUCCUUUUAAACUGGAGACCACUGUUCCCAGUCGGCUAGCUCUGGGGGCUCGCUGUGGCUACAGUCAGCGCUGCUGGGGCUCGCCAGUACGCCAGAAGAAGAAACACACGGGCAUGGCAAGCAUUGAUAGCAGUGCUCCAGAGACGACAUCUGACAGCUCUCCCACCCUCAGCCGUCGCCCACUCAGAGGCGGCUGGGCAGCUACAUCCUGGGGGCGGGGUCAAGACAGCGACAGCAUCAGCAGCUCGUCAUCUGAUUCGCUUGGCUCCUCUUCCUCCAGCGGCUCUCGCAGAGCAGGGGGCGGAGCCAGAGCCAAGAGCACUGACACCAGCAGGUAUAAGGGCCGUCGUCCUGAGUGCCACGCCCCUCACGUGCCUAAUCAGCCCUCGGAGGCGGCAGCUCAUUUUUAUUUCGAGCUGGCGAAGACAGUUCUGAUAAAAGCAGGAGGGAACUCGUCCACCUCCAUCUUUACUCAGCCAUCAGCCAGUGGGGGCCACCAGGGGCCCCACAGGAACCUGCACCUGUGCGCCUUUGAGAUCGGACUGUACGCGCUUGGACUUCACAACUUCGUGUCCCCGAACUGGCUAAGCAGGACAUACUCCUCCCACGUUUCCUGGAUCACAGGUCAGGCCAUGGAGAUUGGAAGUGCAGCCCUUAACAUCCUGGUGGAGUGUUGGGACGGUCACCUGACCCCCCCUGAGGUGGCGUCUCUGGCAGACAGAGCGUCCCGGGCCAGAGAUCCCAACAUGGUGCGAGCUGCUGCUGAGCUCGCUCUCAGCUGUCUCCCCCAUGCUCACGCCCUUAACCCCAACGAGAUCCAGAGAGCACUGGUGCAGUGCAAGGAGCAGGACAACGUUAUGCUGGAGAAAGCCUGCAUGGCGGUGGAGGAGGCUGCUAAAGGGGGUGGAGUCUAUCCUGAGGUUCUGUUCGAGGUGGCCCAUCAGUGGUACUGGCUGUAUGAGCAGUCUAUGGGAGGGGGCUCAGGCCAGCAGAGGGAGACCUCUGGUCGCUGUGGGGCCAACGGGGGCCCUGGCAGAAGGCCGGUAGAGUCUAGCUGUGUAGUCCUCGAUGGGGGGCCCAACAUGGAGUCAGGGGGGCUGGCCACAGUGACUGCGGUCACCGCAGCAGCAGUGGUCCCUGUCAUCUCAGUGGGCUCCACCAUCUAUCAGUCCCACCCUCUCCCAGGCCAGGCCAUGGCCCACCCACAUAGCCAGGGCCUCCACCCUUACACUACCAUCCAAGCCCACCUUCCUACUGUCUGCACCCCACAGUACCUGGGGCAUCCACUGCAACAUGUCCCUCGCCCGGCCGUCUUCCCCGUGACGGGGGCUGCCUACCCUCAGGGGAUGCACCCAGCCUUUAUUGGGGCUCAGUAUCCAUUCUCUGUGGCAGCGGGUCCUCAGCCUCCCCUCGCUGCCACAGCGGUGACAUUCCCUGGUGUCCCCGUCCCGUCCAUGACUCAGAUCGCCGUCCACCCCUACCACACAGAAACUGGGCUGCCCCUCAGCACCACCGUGGCAGGUCAGCAGACCGAUUCUGUCAUACACUGUGUUCAAAUGUUUCAGAAAGUUGGCAGUGCACACGCUGGCCCCACCCUCCAGGCCCUGCAGGGGGCUUCCCUGCCCUCGCUCUCUGCUCAGCCUGCCCCAUUGGUCAGCACAGCUUUCCCUGUAGAGGAAGAGCAGCACAGCCAGCCAAUCAGUCAGCAGGGCCUGCACUACCUGCAUUCUGCAUACAGAGUCGGCAUGCUGGCUCUGGAGAUGUUGGGUAGACGAGCUCACAAUGACCACCCCAACAACUUCUCUAGAAGCCCUCCCUACACAGAGGAUGUCAAGUGGCUCCUGGGACUUGCUGCCCGACUCGGAGUAAACUACGUGUACCAGUUCUGUGUGGGAGCAGCUAAAGGCGUCUUGAGUCCGUUCGUCCUGCAGGAGAUCAUCAUGGAGGCUCUACAGAGGCUAAACCCUGCUCAUAUCCACGCCCACCUGAGAACACCUGCUUUCCACCAGCUGGUGCAGCGCUGCCAGCAGGCCUACCUGCAGUACAUCCACCACCGGCUCAUCCACCUAACCCCUGCAGACUACGAUGACUUUGUGAACAUCAUCCGCAGUGCUCGGGGGGCGUUCUGUUUGACUCCUGUUGGGAUGAUGCAGUUCAACGACGUCCUGCAGAACCUGAAGAGAGGGAAGCAGACCAAGGAGCUGUGGCAGAGGAUCAGCCUGGAGAUGGCUACCUUCUCGCCCUGAGGAGAGGGGGAAAGGAUUUGAUACCCCCCUAAAUUGUGACAGACACAUCCUGGAUCUAUCAGAGGCUCUGAUCCCUGACACAGACAGACAGCACACAGGAAGUACAAUCAGACCCCCUCCCUCCAAACAGAGACAGCCUUUUUAUAUCGUCUCCCUGCCUCACAGACUGCUGACAGACUCUGUUCAUCAUGUUUGUGUUUUUCUGUGGAUUACAGUGUGUCCUUCUUUAUCUAACUGAAGACUGUGAGGGGGGGCCGUGGUUUUCAUCCUCCCCUCAUCUCCUUCCCUUAUCUCCUCCCCUCGUCUCCUCUGUUCUUUAGUUUAGUUUGAAUAAAUCAGCUGUUUGCAGCUCGUCCUCGUCCUGAUGUUUGGAGACUUUCUGUUUUUGUUUAAUCUUUUGAUACUUUGUAAAGAAUCCGAUGAAGAGGAGGAGAAGGAGGACGAGGAUGCUAAAGAUGCUGUUGUUGUGGGAUCCAUAUUUACAUUUCAGUCUGAUGGGGAGGGACCUGAAAACCAGAACCAGAGACGACCUGACCCCGCUGGACCCAGGACUCAGUGAAGAACAUCUGAAUCAGACUCACUCAGUCCAUCAGUUUGAACUGGAUCCAUAUGAGACUUCAGGGAGACAUUUACAACGUUUCAGACCUCCUGAGGGUGAAGAGUAACAUUUGAGUCCUGAGGAGAUUCUGGUGCUUGUCUUAGUCUCUGUGGUGGUAACAGAAAAAUGUCUUUACUCGAGUAACAUCAGAGUCUUCUUCAGAUGUCUUCAAAACAUUUUUUGCUGAAUAGAAUUUUCUGUUACAGAUUUCCGGAAAUUCGAUUAAAUCGACUAAUUUUUAGUUCAGUCUUUAAGUCAACGACUGGAUAAAAUCUCAGUCAAGAUAACAUGCAGAAAGACGAAAAGUGAUGAAGAGGAGGGUGAGGGAUUCUAUAAUUGAGCUGUAAGAGCUGCUCUUACAUGGUGUAAGGAAUCAGAUGAUCAUUUCAGACUCAGUCAAACAAAGCGGAGGUCUCUGCUCCAUCCAGUCUGGUGAAGUUGAACAGAGGAGAAAAGCUGUGUUAGAGUUAAGAUAUUGUUGUGUUUUCAGAUGAAGUUUUGAAUGGGAAGCAUCAGGAGAUGUCUCACACUGAGGAGAGGACAGAAGCUGAGUGUCAUUAUUUCAAAGUUCUCUCUUGUGUUUGGAUACUGGAGGUUUUUCCUUAACGUCACACCUGACAUGAGUCCUGAUCCUGUCCGUGGUUCUAAUCAUCCUGGUCCUGGUCCAGCUCUAGACUUCCUGUUUCACAGAGUCAGAUCUGAAACAGUGUUUCUGUCCCCUCCUUCCCCUCCUCAGUGUGGUUUUAGACCAUGGUGCUGUUAUUAACAUGUUGACGCUCCAUCCCGUCCCGGCAGCUCGGUGGUUCUGAUCCGGACUCUGAUUGGACCUCACAGGUGUGACUCAGUAGAAAAUGUACUGUGAUAUUUUUGUAUUCCUCAAAGUGUAGCUCCAUGAAAAGUUCUAUAUGUGAUUGAAAAGUUCCUAUUUAGAGAGAAAAGAAAAAAAAUAAAAGCAAUACUAAAGUGUAGAGUUUACUUAAUAAAGACAAUUAAAACACU